AUGCGGGUGAACCAGUGUCUUUUUCGACCAGCAAUUCGGUGUGCCAAACCAGAAUGCAAUGUUCGCUGUGGUGAACAGAACUUCCAAGCCUUGAAGCCCAUUGCCCAGCGUUUGCGUCUGCCCAAUGGCCAUGUUGGUCAGGUCAUGGUACCACAUUUGACCAGGGAGAAAGCGAAGAAUGCUUUGGAGGAAGAAACCAAGGACAAACCGCUUGUUGUGAUGGACAGCCUGCCCUAUGGGGGUGACAACAGUGAAGCCUUACCUGUUUCCGAAGAAGAGAUGAACCUAGUGGCCCGAAGCUUUGAUGCUGAAGAGCCCUGCAUCCCAUCCCCUCCACCGGUAGUUCUUCGCCGCAGUCAGUUUGCUCUGAAAGAGAAGAUUGAGGAUGAUGAAGGUGGUGAUGGGAGCACAGGAGAGGCAAAGGCUGAGGCAAAGGCAAAAGGGAAACCAUGUGGUAAGGCUAAGGCGAAGGCUAAGGGAAGGCCGAAAGGGAAAGCAAAGGUGCAAGCCAAGAAAGGUAACAAGCCAAAGGAUAAUCCCAUCCAGGAGGAGGAAGAGGAAGUAGAAAAGGAAAACGAUGCAAUUGCAGAGCCAAGUGACAACACCACCCCUGGGGUUCCCAAGGAUUCCGAGGAAAAGCCUGUUCCAAAGGAUGAUGAUGUAGCAAAGGAAGAUUGCCCCAAGGAUGGUGACGAUGUUGAGGAUAGCAAGCCUACAGACCCGAACCAAAAGCAAGAUGCAGCUUUGACACCCCGAGAGCCAGCUCCUGCUGAAACAACAGCAAAGCCAAAGGCAAACGCAACGAAGAAACGCAAAGCAAAGGAGGUGGGGGAGGCACAGCAAGAUCACUCAGCAGGCAAUGAGCCCACCAAGCCAGUUCAAAAAAGGAGGACAGCCAAAGGAGAUGAGGGAAAGGAUGGCAAGCCAGCUCCAGCCGGUCCAGCCAAGGGUGAAAUUGGGAAGGAAGCCAAAAAAAGAGCUGCAGGUCAGGUGAAGGCAGAGGGCAAGGAAGAGGCAAACAAGGUUAAGAAGAAAAGGGUGCGAAGUGAUGAGCCUGCCACCUUUGCGAGGAGGGUUGUUCCCACUACCCCGUUUGGAAAGGACAAGUGGUACUCCCUUCGAAGUGCCUUCCAUGACCUGAUCCGUCCCACCGUGAAGCACUAUUCGACGCAUGAGGACAAGUUUUGGAAGUUCGCCACCAAUGCUUGGAAAAGUAAAGAGGUGACUGGGGAGAACAUCAAUGAGCUUGCUAAGGAAGCAGCCAACCAGUAUCUGGCAAGUUUGCCCUAG